AUGCUCUCCCCGCGAGUUCUAUCGGCUCUCGCCUUGCUGGCCGCCGUGGCCGCCCUCCCGGUCUCCGACAAGCCCGCCCACCCCCAGCCCAUCACAACCGUCAACGACGACGAAGUGGACGACUUCUCUUCGUGGUUCCGCGGCCCCUGGGACAGCCUCUUCAGCUCCGUGUGGAAGCUGAUACCGAGCUUCGCGGACAUCGGGCCGCGCAUCGUGGCGAAGGACGACCUGUUCCAGGUGAUCGUGAACGUGAAGAAGUACAAGGCGUCCGACCUCACGGUGAAGGUGAAGGGUGACUUCGUCUUCGUGCAGGGCUCGCACGAGGCGAAGCACGAGGAGAGCGACGUGUUCGCCAGCCAGUUCUUCCACACGUACUCGCUGCCGGCGAACUUCAGCGCGGCCGAGGUCACGGCGAAGCUCUACAGUGACGGCUACCUGGUGGUGAGCGCGCCGCUGAAGGGGGCUGACGAGAAACCAGCAGACAGGGAGGUGCCCAUCACCGAGACCGGAACAGCGUACGGCGACAGCGCGGACGCCGAUAAGCCCGAGCUCACCACAGUCCUGCCGACUGAAGACGACAAGAAGGAACCGACAACCCCGUCCGAGCGAGAGGAUGUAACCGAAAAGGACAACGUCAUCCCCCACGGCGCCGAAGCCCAGCCC